AUGGAUGAUGAAAAUAAGAAACUGCGUUCUAAAAACGAUCAAUUCUCCGCACAAUUAGAAAAACAGCUUAGGGAGUUGGAACAAUUGGGCGCUGAGAAUGCUCAAUUGAAACGAGAGAAGAACGAGCAAGACGAACGUCAUGUCAUCUUUGAACAAACUGUGAAGAACAAGCUUAUUGAGACUCACCAGUUGGGUGAUGAAAACAAAAAGUUACGUUUGAAAUGUGAACAAUUUUGUGAGCAAUUGGAAAAGAAGAAAACAGAGAUUACUAAGUUUUGCGAAGAUCGCGACAUGGCUAUGAAAGAGGUGCUGAAACUUCGUGAAGAGCGUGACCUUGCAAAAACUUUUAUGGAGAAAGCAGCUGCCGACAUUCAUUCAAAAGAUAUUAUGAUUCGGAAUAUUGAGACUAACUUUGAACAUCAACGUCAAGCUCUUCAAAUUGAAUUCAAUGUUAGCUUUUUGUUUUGA